AGAUUCCACAUAUCUCAGAUGUCUUGGCACCUGUAGAUACAGAAUGCUGCUGCUUUUCUUCUCCCAGUCACUUCCUGCCUUGUGACCACACACCCGGGGUUGACAAAGUUGCUCUCCAGAUCAGAAAGGAGGGGGUUUCUGGUCGCACGCCAGUUCGACGGAGGACUAUAUUUUUCUACCAGAUCUGUCACCUCAAGCAAUAAAAAAUGGCCAGAGGAUCAGUGUCUGAUGAAGAAAUGAUGGAGCUCAGAGAAGCUUUCGCCAAAGUUGAUACGGAUGGCAAUGGGUACAUCUGCUGCAGUGAGUUGAACGAGCUGUUCAAGGCUGCCUGCUUGCCUCUACCUGGCUACAGAGUGAGAGAAAUUACAGAAAACCUGAUGGCGACAGGCGAUCUGGACCGAGACGGAAGGAUCAGCUUUGAUGAGUUUAUGAAGGUUUUUCAUGGCCUCAAGAGCACAGAGGUUGCCAAGACCUUUAGGAAAGCGAUCAACAAGAAGGAAGGCAUCUGUGCCAUUGGGGGUACUUCGGAGCAGUCCAGUGUUGGCACCCAGCACUCUUAUUCAGAGGAAGAGAAGUACGCCUUCGUCAACUGGAUAAACAAAGCCCUGGAAAACGAUCCCGACUGUCAACAUGUCAUCCCAAUGAAUCCAAAUACGAAUGACCUCUUUAACGCAGUUGGGGAUGGCAUUGUUCUUUGUAAAAUGAUCAACCUCUCAGUGCCAGACACAAUUGAUGAGAGAACAAUCAACAAAAAGAAACUCACCCCUUUCACCAUCCAGGAAAACUUGAACUUGGCUCUCAAUUCUGCCUCGGCCAUUGGGUGCCACGUGGUGAACAUCGGAGCUGAAGAUCUAAAAGAGGGGAAGCCUUACCUGGUCCUCGGACUUCUGUGGCAGGUCAUCAAGAUUGGGCUGUUUGCCGACAUUGAAAUCAGCAGAAAUGAAGCUUUGAUUGCUCUUUUGAGAGAAGGGGAGAGCCUGGAGGAUUUGAUGAAACUCUCCCCUGAAGAGCUCCUGCUGAGAUGGGCGAAUUUCCAUCUGGAAAAUGCGGGCUGCAACAAAAUCAACAACUUCAGUACUGACAUCAAGGACUCAAAAGCUUAUUACCACCUGCUUGAGCAGGUGGCUCCAAAAGGAAAUGAAGAAGGCAUCCCUGCUGUCGUUAUUGACAUGUCAGGACUGAGGGAGAAGGAUGACAUCCAGAGGGCCGAGUGCAUGUUGCAGCAGGCAGAGAGGCUGGGCUGCCGGCAGUUUGUCACAGCCGCAGAUGUUGUCCACGGGAACCCCAAGUUGAACUUGGCUUUCAUUGCCAACCUCUUUAACAGAUACCCUGCCCUGCACAAACCAGAGAACCAGGACAUCGACUGGGGGGCUCUGGAAGGUGAGACGAGAGAAGAGCGGACAUUUAGGAACUGGAUGAACUCUUUGGGCGUUAACCCUCGUGUCAAUCAUCUGUACAGUGACUUAUCAGAUGCCCUGGUGAUCUUUCAGCUCUAUGAAAAGAUUAAAGUCCCUGUUGACUGGAACAGAGUAAACAAACCACCAUACCCCAAACUGGGGGGCAAUAUGAAGAAGCUUGAGAAUUGUAACUAUGCAGUGGAACUGGGGAAGAACCAAGCUAAGUUUUCCCUGGUUGGCAUUGCUGGACAAGAUCUCAAUGAAGGAAACCGCACCCUAACAUUGGCCUUGAUUUGGCAGCUGAUGAGAAGGUACACACUGAACAUCCUGGAAGAAAUUGGCGGGGGGCAGAAGGUCAACGAUGACAUUAUUGUCAACUGGGUGAAUACCACAUUGAAGGAAGCUGGGAAAACAUCCUCCAUCUCUAGUUUCAAGGAUCCAAAGAUCUGUACCAGUCUGCCUGUUCUGGAUCUCAUUGAUGCCAUCCGACCAGGUUCCAUUAACUAUGACCUUCUGAAGACAGAAAACCUGGGUGAUGAGGAGAAGCUCAACAAUGCUAAGUACGCCAUUUCCAUGGCCCGAAAAAUUGGAGCAAGAGUAUAUGCCCUUCCAGAAGACCUGGUUGAAGUGAACCCUAAGAUGGUCAUGACGGUGUUUGCAUGCCUCAUGGGAAGAGGAAUGAAGAGGGUGUGAGCCCAGAGGGUGGGGCCGGACGCCAGCAUAGGAUGCUUCUGGAAGCUCAUGGAGCUGUUACAAGCCUCUCUCUGUUACCCCUGCCCUACACUCUGCCUCCCUUGACUUUGCUCUCCAACCUCCCACAAUGACACCGUCUCUGGGGCUCACCUCUGUUGGCCACCCUUGUCUCUGAGCCCUCGGGAGCAUCUGACAAAUCAGUCAGGAUGUUGGGGGGGUGGGUCCCAAGGGUGGCCUGCAUAAGUAAGCCUCAUCGUCAGAGCCUUAGUUCAGGACUGGGGUCCCAAAUGUCAUCAUUUUUUCAUGUUUCCCGCCAGUAGGAAGCUCUCUGUCGUUAACUGUAGGAUUUGGGCUCAGACCAGAUCUAACAUCUAGAACACUGUUCCAUCAAAUAUAACUGUUCGUCACUGUUGGCCAUAAGUUGACUCCAAGGAGGGCGUAAUGGGGCAGCUGACCACCAGGGGGCAGCGUGGAGCUGUCACCAAGCCUCUGUCCUGUGGGGCGCUGCCUCUUCAAUAUAGUUAGCCCUGCACCUUAGGUCUAGUGUUUUUUGGUCUGGCUAAAUAAAUAUCUGGUGACGUUUGGAAGCAAUCCUGCUGUGCUUUCCUUUUAUCUCCGAUUUUGGUCUUAUCUGAUUGCUGCCAGGUCAUAUGAUCAGUAUUUACUUUUUUGAUACUUACAGGAGCCUUUUGCCACCCCCACCCCAGGGGGCUUUAUGUGCCAAUGAACACCCUCCCACCCACCCACCCACACACACAUCCACACAUCCUUAACCAGAUGCCAAGGGUAGGAUAGAUACACUCUGGAUAAGACCUGACUGAUUUGCUUUACGGAGAGCUAAUUUACUGGACAUUUAAAUAAUUCCAUAAGAAAUCUAGAUCAGUAUGUAUUUAAACAGCCCUGAUAGAUUAAGCUAUUGCCAUGAAAUCAGCUAAAGGCUAAAAAGCCACAGAGCUUUAUGAACAACACCAGACCCUGUCUCCUGGGGUGAAAGGGCUCAUCCAUGAGGUGUCUCCCUUAAGGAUGGUGUGCAGUGGAACUUAGCCACUUUUCAGAGCAAUGGAAAUGCAUCCCCCUGGAUCUCCUCCUUGGCAGUGGGCUCAGGAAGCCAAUAUGUGGCUUAUCUGGGUCUGUAACUGGUGUUUCUGUUGCAUACGAUUACAAAGUGGCCAGCCUUGCCCUAGUCUGAACUUCAGAUGAUUGUUCCCCAUCUGCUUCCAGGAACGAAUGUUACCGCCUUUGUGAAAAAAAUGAAGAAAUAAUGCUCGGAUCUCUCCAAAUAAAAUGAUCACUCUAU